AUGGCGUGCUGUGAAUGCUGGGAGGGUCUGACGGGCCAGAAGGAGUCCUUGCAACUCGUUCCUCGCAAGGUCCCGAUCUCGGCACUGAUCCUCGGCACGGGGCCUCUUGGCUGUGGCUGGGCGGGCGACGUCUCAGAAGGGGAGGCGGAAGCGACCAUUCUGCAGGCCUUAUCGCUGGGCAUUCGCUAUGUGGACACGGCUCCGUGGUAUGGGGGCGGCCUGUCUGAGCAGCGAGUUGGCAAAGCCUUGUCUACGGCCCAGGAUAAAGUUGUCCUGUCGACGAAAGUUGGCCGAUUCAUCGUGGCCAAGCAGGAGUCUUCUGCAUAUGGACAUCGCGUGGAGACUGGCUACGACUUUCUGACUGAUGGGUACCACCAAAACAUCCCCGUUUGGGACUACCGCAAGGAGGGAAUUGAAGAGAGCUUUCGACAAUCGAGACAAAGGCUGGGCAGAAGCUUCAUCGAUUGCCUCCGGAUACAUGAUGCCGAAGAUUCUGAGAGAUGGGAGGAAGCAUGCAGCCACGACGGUGCCGUGAACACUCUGGUUUCUUUGCGGAGUAGAGGUGAGAUUGGACAAGUCAGCUUAGGAUUCAACAAGGUUGACUUCUUGAUGAAGACAAUCCUGAGAUUUCCUGUUGGAACCUUUGACAACAUUAUGGUGGCACGGACCUGGAAUCUUUUGGAUCAGUCAGCCUAUCCGCUCCUGCUUGAAUGCGAAAAGCGGGGAAUCAAAGUGCAGAUGGCAGCAAUAUUUUGUGCAGGUUUGCUUUGGGGGCAAGGUCUCUAUAUGUACAGCAGCGAUGUGCCGCGUGAAGCUGCAGAGAAGGUCAAGCGAUGGGACGAGCUUGCCAAGUCGUUUAGCUUGACCUUGCCAGCGGUGGCACUGGCCUUUGCUUACCUACCUGCAUGCGUAGACAGGAUCGCCAUCGGCUGUGCCUCCGCGGAACAGGUUAGCAGCAAUGUGCAGCUCUGCAACGCUGAUGUGCCUCGUGAGCUCUGGCAGAGGGCGAAAGCCGAGUCAGUUGGCUGCAUCCUCAUGGAGCUGUGCUCCGCAGAUAGGUACACUGGUGAGAUGCUCUUUGGUACGCAUGAGAACAUGGAACACCUGGCUCUCGUGGAGCAGAUCCUUGCUCCGCUGUACCGAUCUCGGGAAGCGUCAUUGAACCCGACUCAGUCGCUGGUGCUUAUUUUUUGGCAAAGAGUGUUUUGCGACAGCAGCUGUCGAGUUUCAAGCCAUCCUUACACCUGCCUUAGCAUCCGGGUAGAGCAGAUGUUGCGGGCUCUUCUUUGCACCGCGUUGCUGGUACAGACCCGCAGCUGGGAGUGUCCGGCGGGAUUCGCCGGCCCGGAGAAAUGCCUCGGCAAGGAGAAUGCUGGCAAGUGUGAGCUCCAAAAGCCCAGCAAGGUGGACAUCGACACAAACAAUGCCCUGUCGUGCGAAAAUCCCAAUGCGAAGCUCGCUAAGUUUGAGACUGAGUUGGGCGGCGGCAGCUACUACAAGGGGUGUGGCUUGAACAAAGAUGGUUUGGUGGACAGCUGCUGCAACUGCUGGCCGCUAAAAGAAGCGGCGAGCGAUGUGGCCUCCGACAACAAGGGCCAAUGCUUUCCAUGCCACAACUCCUGCUGCAAGUGGUGGUGGCUGUGCAUUUUCGAGCGUUGCCUCUUUGAAGGUGAAGAUUGUUCCCAUCAGCAAUGCUGA